UUGGUAUGAAUAAAUUUUGCAUAUAGCAAAAAGAGGUAUGAUCUGAACAUGUCUAAGCAUUUUAUAGGCGAUUCUUUUGAUGUAAGUUCAAAAAAUGUUGAGUUUGUACUAACUAGGAGUAUCUAACUUUGCUAAAGACUAUAUCAACGACUCUAUAUUGCAACAAAAAAAAAUGGUGGACUUAGCUUAGCGCUUAUGUAGGGGUGUUUUUAAUAACAAAACCGAACAAGGGUGAGCAUUUGGAACAGAACAUCUUACGAGCUUGGAGGUUUCAAAAUCCAAAUGACAUACAUGGUGCUUUUUACAAUUUUUUCUUUCUAUUUUUAUGAUGCAAUGGCUAGUGAGAUGGGUGUGUUCUGGUCCCAUUCCAAACCAGGGAGGCAUGGACCUUGCCACAUCCACGGGACCUUUUCCUUUUCUGUUUUUUUUCUUAAUUCCGAAUAUACAUAGUCCCUAUGACCUCAAAUAUAUGGUGUUUAGGAUAAGGAAAUCAGUUCGUUCUUGAACUAACUAACUCGUCAUAAACAUUAUAUAUUUAAGGACAGAGGUAGUACUAAAAGCAACACUAAGACAAAAAUACAUAUGAGAGUGCAUGUUGUGUGCUUAUGUUUAUGCUUAUUUUUAUCCAAGCAGUUCCGGUCCCUGAUCCAGAAGAUGAAUGAGUGGUUGCAGCAGCACCAAGAAUCCAACGAACAGGCGGAAGAGACACAGGCUGCUCCUGUCGGGGAGGAAAGUGCCUCAGUCCUGCUAGCAAGGGCCACAGAGCUUUCCGACACCCUCUGGAGGUUCGAGCGGGAGCUAGACGACGACGACGACUGCGAGGCCAGCACUAGUGGGAGUGGCCUAGCCACUGAUCCGGAGGAGUCCCUUGUGGAGCCGAAGCCUGAGGCUCCCUCCGCCGAUCCCAAGCCUGAACCUUCGUCCCCUUGAGAAAUCAUGCAUGUGAUGCAUGCGAGAGCAGCAGGUGUGUUGAACAUGUGGAAUAAGCUUGGCAGCGUUCGUCGGCAAGUUCUGUCAAACUCUAUCAGCUUCAUGUGGAGCUGGUAUCGACGAGAUGUUUCUUUUAUCCAAAAAUAAAAGGGGAUUGAAAUGUUGCCACCGGCAAGUUAAUGUUCUAUUGUCUUUAUAAGUAGUAUUUGCCAACAUUGUGUGCGGUA